AUGGGAAUUCUACAAAUUCUAAUCAUAACUAUAAUUACGUCAUUAGCAGCGAAUCGUAUUCGUCUUUCUGGUCUUCGAAAUUCAAAUUAUCGAGUUUUCGAAGUUCUCAGAAAUACUGAAUUCAACAUCGAAGUUUUUGGAACAAAUCUACCCGGAAAUGGUUAUUUUUUCACUACAACAUCGAGAUGCGAAGAUUAUGAUCGAAAAGAUUUGGGCGAACAAAGUACAGUUGUUAUAAAGAAUGAAAUGGUGAAAACAUUUGGACGAUUUGCAUAUUUAAAAAUCGAAAAAGGAUUGCCAUUUACAGUUGAAAAUCCUGUAUAUCAUUUAUGUAAUACUAAUUCAAAUUCAACCUAUCAUGAGGUAAUAUUUUGGGGAAACAAGGGAACUCUUCAAACUUUGCCACGUCAUAAUUCAUAUUAGAAGUUGAGUUCUACUAUUUUUUACAUCUUGAUCCUCUGGUCGAAAACUACUAAAAUUUUAUCAAAAAUCUCGAAGGAUUGUGGAAAGGUCGAUAAAAUAUUGAACUUAUUUUUCAGAAUCUCGAAAUUCGUCAUGAAUUAUCAACAACUCAAAGUUUUUGGUCGUCUUCAAUGAUAUGUGUUUAUUGUGUUUUGAUGUCUGCAUUCAGUUCUGGAAUGACAAUUGGAUUUAUGCGAUUUUCAAUCACAGAUCUUCAAAGAAUGUUGGAUUACGAAGAACCGGUUAAAACUAGAGCUCGUCGAAUUCUGAAAUUUCGAAGUAGAUCAAAUUGGCUUGUUUGUACAUUUUCAUUAUGCUCCACUUUUCAUAGUGUUUUGUUUACAGCCAGUGUUGAAAGAAUGUUGGAAAGUGUGGGUUUCUACUUCUUUUCUUUGAAAAUGAAAUUCUAUUUUUUCAGCACGAACACGCUCAAAUUCUCUCAAUAAUAGUUCCAACUCUCAUUCUUUUCAUCUUCGCCGAAUUUCUUCCACAAGCUGUUUGUAAUAGUAAAUUCGGAUUUGUACUCGCCUUCUGGACUUUGGCCAAUUACAGUAAUCAUAUUCAUCGUUUGCUCUCCCGUUGCUUGGCCAGCUUCCAAAAUAAUUGAUAUGUUUUUGGGAAGAGAUGUUAGAGAAGUUAUGACGGAAGAAGAAAAAUUGAAUAUUAUUAGAAAUAUGGCGAAGAAUUCGAAUUCGAAGGAGAGAAGUAGGGGUUUUUUGAAAAUCAAGUAUUAUUUUUAUUCGAAUUUUUUGCAGAAAUUCUCGAAAGAGCCACUCAAUUCUCAUCAAAAACAGUUAAAGAUGUGAUGACACCAAUUGAAAAAGUUUUCUUGAUUCCAGCAUCGCAAAAGCUGACAAAAACUGUAAGAAAUUUGAAAAAAAGAUUCAGAAAAUCAAUCCAAAAAUUAUAGACUCUUCUGACAUUGGUUGAGAAAGGUUUCACUCGUGUUCCAAUUCGAGAUGACAAAAAUUCGGAUAAUAUUUUCGCUGUUCUCAAUGUCAAAGAACUUAUCAAUUUUGAUUUGAAAAGUGCACCGGCAGUUUCGAAAAUUAUUGCAAAAACAGAUAGAACUAGAGCGCAGGUGAGUAAAUUGAUUAAUAAAAUAAAUAAUUCAACUUUAAAAUGUUUUUAGAUGAAAUAUGUGAUUUCUGAAAUGAAAGUUCAAGAAUUGAUGCAACAAAUGAGAACUGGUGGAUUUCACAUUGCAACUGUUAUCAAAUUCACACAAUCAACUUAUCAAGUGAUUGGAAUUAUAACAAUUGAAGAUAUUCUUGAACAAAUAUUUGGUGAUUUGGAAGAUGAAACAAAAACAAUUAGUCGAGAACCAAAAUUCAAUAAUUAUACAAAUUCAUUAGUUAUAAAUUGGUGUCGCGAAGCUGGAAGUGAUCCAAAAUAUCCAUUGAGUUUUUGUCAACAAUUAUUGAUAAUCCAAUGUGUUCUUUCCGAAUGUCCGGUUUUUCAAAAAUUUGGAAUCGAUGUUCUUCAAGCAAAACAACUUCUUCGAUCAACACAAAUUCGAAAAGCGGCAAAAAAUGAGGUAAUUUCAAUCAAACCUGAUAUUUUCUUGGUUAUUUGGAAAGGAACAUUGGAAAUUGAUCGAGGAGUUGAUGAAAUUCAUCAAGAAGUUAGUGUUGAUCAAAAAGAUGGAAGUGUUCCUUGUUUUAUUGCUGGAAAAAACUCGUUGAAACAUAUUUUUCAAAUGUUGAAAUUGUCGGGAAAUGAGGAAAUGUUUGAAAAAGAAACAAUCAAAGAAAUUACGGUUAUGUCUGAAGAAUGCAUGUAUUUCAAAGUAAGUUUGCUUUGAUUCUCUAAAAAAUCUUUUUAGGCGGGGCUGCUUGACUACUAGGAUUUAGAUAAGUUUUCAAGGAGCGGCGUUUUGCCCAGUGUGGAUUUUUAGAUGUAAUUUAGAAAAUAUGAUCUCUAGACGCUGAUUGACAAUCUAUUUUUCUAGGCCCGGCUAGUUGACAUAGAAGCUCUGAUGCUCUAGAAUAAAAUGAAAUGUUUACUUUUGGAAAUUUCGUAUUCAUUCUCGUGUGUAUUUCUCAAAAUUUCUAAUUUUAAGUUUUUCAGAUUCGAUCGCAAGAAAUAAUCGACGUUGUAAAUGAAACCGAAUCAAAUUUAUCGAAAUCCGACAAAAUGCAAAAUCUGGCUUCAUGUCAAAGCAGAAAGUCAAAUACUCCAACACUUGGUGAAAGUAAAGAAUUACUCGAAAAAGAUCCAAAAUCAUAUUCGCGAACUCCGAGUCCAUCAAUUUCGAGAGUCAAUUCAACAGAAGAAACAUCGAAAUCGCCGCUCAGAUCUUUGGAUUCGGAUACUAUUUUGGAAUUGUGUAAGAAAAAUAAAUAA